AUGACCCUUUUGCUUCAAUGUACAUCCCAUCCUCAUCUUCAAGGUCCGAAUCACACUACAAAUUCACAACAAGCCUAUGCAAUCCGAUUGGCAAAGGAAAGGCAACUGCAUCAGCAGCGUUAUAUUCAACAGCAGCAACAGCAGCUUGCUGCAACAAAUGCACCGAUUCCACAUGGUCAAGCACAAAGUUCUCAGGCCCAAUCACAAAGUUCAUCUCAGCAAGUAUCUGUUUCACCUGCAACACCAUCAUCUCCUUUGACUCCGAUGUCAUCUCAGCAUCAACAGCAAAAACAUCAUCUGCCACAACCUGGGUUCAGUAGAAAUCCUGGUUCUAGUGUGACUAGUCAAGCAGUGAAGCAACGACAACGGCAGGCACAACAGAGGCAGUAUCAACAGCCUGCGAGGCAGCAUCCUAAUCAGCCACAGCAUGCACAGGCUCAACAGCAGGCUAAACUUUUGAAGGGAAUGGGAAGAGGAAACAUGUUGAUCUAUCAGAACGAUUCUGUUGAUCCUUCUCAUAUAAAUGGAUUAUCUGUAGCUUCAGGAAGCCAACCUGUUGAGAAAGGUGAUCAAAUCACGCAAAUGAUGCAAGGUCAAACUUUAUAUCCUGGAUCUGGUUUAGAUCCAAGCCAACCACCCAAGCCACCAGUUUCUGCUCAUCCUUCUAAUAAUUGCCAAUUGCAGCAGAAGCUACAUUCUGGAUCAACCAGCUCUUCAUUGAAGCAACAUAAGCCAUUGGCAUCUUCUUCUGACAGUAACAUACAAAUUCCAGUUUCACCGGGGCAUUCUGAGUCAUUAAGUGCAUCUCAACCUGAUUCACUUAAAAUUGAUCAACAACCUGGAAAUAGUGCUUCUCAAGUCAGUACAAGCACCUCAAUGUCUCAAGGUUCUAUGGAUUCAGCUAGUGUGUUAGCAGUUGCUCAUACCGCGUCUUCUCAGUGGAAAUCAUCAGAACCACCAUUUGGUUCCCCCAAUCCAGUUAUUCAAGUGAGCUCUGUGGAGGGCACAUCUAUUGGAAAUUCAGCUGCAACUGAGUCAUUGACUGUUAAUCAGGGGCAGGACCCACGGCAGUCGUCGGCUAACUUGCCUUCUCAUGCACGUAAUUCCGGGCCACAGUGGCAGCAUCAUCAGCCUUUGCUCCGUCUUCUCACAGAACCAAACACUUGUGUUCCAGAGAGAAAAAGAAACAGCACUGAACAAAGUGGUGUUAAUGUUGAUGGUAAUGUUUUAGCUGCUUCAAAUGUUAAUAACUCUUCAGUGAAACUCAUGAACCGUGUUGAUGAUGUUGUUCCAACAAGUUUACAUUUUUCUGACUCUUCAACUCUUCUGAAUCAAAACCAAAAUCAAAACAUGUUUCCCAAUUGGGGUGCUACUCAAAUCAACAACAACAACCCUUCAGUUUCGCUAGUUACUUUACCUUCACAACCACUUCCACAUCAACAUGGCUCAAUGCAUGGCUUCAAGCCAUUCCAUGUCAGAACCUGCAAAGUAGCAAUAAUCAGCAGCAGGGAAAUGGUUUACAGGAGUUCAGUUCAUCAUCAUUCACAAUGUGGUAGCAACAAGUAUAUUCAUUAUGGAUGUCAUCUUACAUCAUACCUAACCACAUCAAUAACAAAUCUUACAAAUAAUGGCAGCACAUAA